CUCCAAACCACAAGUGAGUGGCACAUUUCACUUUGUAGGCGACGACGUUACGAAAUUUCUUGCCAUCGACAAGCCAUGAACACUUAUAACAACAACGACGACGAAAUGAGCAGCCAACCGCAGCAGCAGCGCCACCAUCAUGGCUAUGCCGUGCCGCCCGGACCGUCGCCUGACAGCACGUAUCCGCCACCUUGCAUGAUGCAUGACCCCGACGAGUUGCUUCCUUCCCAGCACGUGUCGCUGCCACCGCCAAUGGAACCAUCUUCAUCGCCUGGCUUUGACAUGACGAGUGCAGCAUUCUCACAGCCCAUGUAUCCGCAUCACACGACAUCGUCGAUAUUCCGUGAUGUAGAUCCGUUGACAUCGUCAUCGGCGGCGGGAGCCUCGUCGUAUCUUCGUCAUGACGUUGGAUCGACUUUAUCGCAGCCAUCGCACCAUCAUCAGGUGGUUGACCAUCAUGACCUCCACUACCUUGGAGCCUCCUCUUCUUCGCUGUCGUCGUGGCAACCCCAGCAUCUCAAUACUUCAUCUGUUCCAACUUCAUCCCAUCCUCCUCCUCUGUCGUAUGAAGACCAACACCACCCCACGACCAUCAGGUCCAUGCACUCAACCUCGUUUCCACUAUCGUCAAACCACUUUACUUCAGCUACUCGCAUCGACACGACCCCCCUCGAGUCACUGCAGCCUGCCACGUACCCUGACCUACUUCACCAGUACCCAAACCAAUCCAUGGGGCAGCUCUUGCAGACCCCUCCCGUUGACCACCAGCUCCAUUUUCCAGCUCCCCUUCGCUCGACCUUUCACCCGUCCACGGCAGACGACCCCCUCGACAACAAAAAGGAAAAACGAAAGUCCCAAGUACGAGAUGCAUCCCGCCGCCGCCGCGCCAAGCGCAAGGACGAAGAGACGCGAUUGCGCGAUCGCAUUCAAGAACUGACCCAUCACAUUCAAAUUAUGGCUGGGUCAUCGUCAAGUGGGGCGGACGUCCGGCGACCUUCAACGAUAACCCCCGACGACAACAACGCAGCGCUAGAGGAGGCGUACCAGCAGCAGCUCCAUAUUGUGCACAUAUUGCAGCAAAAGAAUUUUCAGUACAAGGAAAAACUCGCCCAGCACGAACAAUUUGCCCGGCUCAUUCAAACGGGCAUUCAGCAUUUAUCUACGGACGACCCGCAGGCGGCGCCGCAGCAGCUGCAGAUCCUACAACAACAACAACGACUGCAACUCGUGCCUGGAACGUCCAGCGUUCGCGUUGCUACCACAGCCCCAGGACCUACGACGAACUUGCUCGCAAACUCGACCACUCUGGCUGCGUUGACUGGUACCAACGUCGAUGUGUUAACCCAAUGGGCAAAGAAUAUAGCUGUGACAUCGCACCGCGACCUCUUGGCGUCCGCCAGGGAGGUACAUUCAAUUGGUAAAAGGAACCCUCUUCACGUGACGACGAACAUUGCGAUGGGGUGGACAACGCAGCUGUGGAUGUCUCAAGCUGGCAACGCCAUUGAACCGUCGAUCGUGCAAGUGCGGAGCCACAAGGAUGUGCAUCGACCCAAGUGUUGUGACUGUGUAGCCAAAACAUGGGAAAUCCUCACGAGUGUAGCCAACGGCCGUCGCGUGUACCCUGAUUUAUUAGCUGUCGAGGUGGUGAACCAAGUAACUCCAAACGAGUUGGUGGUGGUGGUAUAUCGGAAGAGCUCAGUCAUGGGAGGUAGUAGUAGUGACCAUCGCGAUGUCGUGUCUGUCGUAUACAAGGCCAAACCAGCAGCCGACACGUGUUUCAUUGGUGUGGCUUCGUUUGACCACGCCGGUGUUGCCUUCUUGGGUAACUAACGUUCAUGAUAUGUUGUAUAUAACGUUAUAAGUAUGUACCGAUGAUAUCCUGAUUCCAAUAGCAUCCAUUCACAAAACAUAUAUGUGUUGGACGUGGUACUUUUAACGGUGUCAACUGAUUGUAGCUCGACCACAUGGCCAAGAAACAGGCGUGGUAGACAACGGGAUGGCAUCUCAAGUGCCAGUGGAAAGUUAUGGGUGGACAUUUCACAAGGACAACUCGGUGCUGUUUCAAGGCACGUACGCCGUCUGUGCCAGCGACCCCCCAGAGCUCAUCACGACGCAAUACGCGAACGAGGCGAUGUUUGCACUCGUGCGGUGGGAAAGCCAAGCCGUGGGACCUGUUUUCAGCAUUGAUCACGAUAGCCACCAACUAAAGUAGUAAGUAGCGCAUGUAUUAACAACAUCACUUUUGUCCC